UUUUGGGGGUGGGGGGGGUGGGCAAAAGAUGAGGAAAGCUUUUAUAAAACUUGAUUUUUUUGGUGCGCGGCACCACGGCCCCUGAACGUUGGUUUUCUUUCGCUUUGCAGCAGGCGACAGCCCUGGGCGCCACCUGCGCGCCCCGUGCGGCGUGGAGGCGGGGUCGGAGGGUGGGUUGGUCCGCGCCCGGGUUCCCUGAUGCCCACUGCAACGGGCAAUGCGAAUGACAGACUGCAGACCCUCUCGCCUGCGUCCCCUUCAACACCCCAUACAUCGAAGUUCGAACUGCAGCUCCCGUGAGGCGAGCCCCGGCCGAGCCGGGUCGAGAUUGCGGCGGAGAGGAAGCGGCGCUCCUCCGCCGAAGCUCCUCCUCUCGCCGGUGUAGACCGGGACGGGACUACCUGGCGGCGCGGCGGGUGAGGCGCGCAAACCGCAGCGCGCCCCCCGCGGCGGCCACCUCGGAGCCCACCUUGCCGGCCGGCGCGCGGGACGGAGCGCACAACCGGCUCUCCACCAACCUGCGGCCAGCUGUCCUUCCUCUACCGAACCCCGCGCGCCCGCGCGUCAGUCCCUGCCGGGAGCCCAGAGGGCCGCGCUCACGCAGUUGGCGCAGGCGGCCUUACGCUAGAGGCGCAGUGCCCGCCCGUCCGCCCGCCCCCUGCACUCUCCCCGCCCUCUCCCUCCCUCGCAGGGGCCGAGCGAAUGUAGCCCGCGAGAGAAAAUGGCGGCGGCGGCGGGGAAUCGCGCCUCGUCCUCGGGAUUCCCGGGCGCCGGGGCGGCGAGCCCCGAAGCGGGCGGCGGCGGAGGGGCCCUCAAGGCGAGCAGCACGCCCGCGGCAGCCGCGGGGCUGCUGCGGGAGGCGGGCAGUGGGGGCCGCGAGCGGGCGGACUGGCGGCGGCGGCAGCUGCGCAAAGUGCGGAGUGUGGAGCUGGACCAGCUGCCCGAGCCGCCGCUUUUCCUCACCGCCUCGCCGCCGUCCUCCUCCACUUCCCCGUCGCCGGAGCCCGCGGACGCGGCCGCUGGCGGGAGCGGUUUCCAGCCUGUGGCUGUACCGCCGCCCCACGGAGCCGCGAGCCGCAGCGGCGUCCACCCUGCAGAACCGGCGGCCGCACCGGACAGCGGCGCCCCGAGCCCCGCGGGGGCCGAGCCCGGGGAGAAGCGGACGCUCGCCGCCGAGCCGCCUCUUGCGGCGGCCCCAGCCGGGCGUGAGAUGGAGAAUAAAGAAACUCUCAAGGGGUUGCACAAGAUGGACGAUCGCCCAGAAGAACGAAUGAUUAGGGAGAAACUGAAGGCAACCUGUAUGCCAGCCUGGAAGCACGAAUGGCUGGAAAGGAGAAACAGGAGAGGCCCUGUGGUGGUAAAACCAAUCCCUAUUAAAGGAGAUGGAUCUGAAAUUAAUACCUUGGCAGCUGAGUCUCAAGGAGAGGGCCAGGCAAGCGCUGCUUCCUCAGCUCCCAAAGGCCGACGCAGUCCUUCCCCUGGCAGCUCCCCAUCAGGCCGCACAGUGAAAUCUGAAUCUCCAGGAGUAAGGAGAAAAAAAGUUUCCCCAGUGCCUUUUCAGAGCGGGAGAAUCACACCACCUCGAAGAGCCCCUUCACCAGAUGGCUUCUCACCAUACAGCCCUGAGGAAACAAACCGCCGUGUAAACAAAGUGAUGCGGGCCAGGCUGUACUUACUGCAACAAAUAGGGCCCAACUCCUUCCUGAUUGGAGGAGACAGCCCAGACAAUAAAUACCGGGUGUUUAUUGGGCCUCAGAACUGCAGCUGUGGGCGUGGAACAUUUUGUAUUCAUCUACUAUUUGUUAUGCUCCGAGUGUUUCAGCUAGAACCUUCAGACCCAAUGUUAUGGAGAAAAACUUUAAAGAAUUUUGAGGUUGAGAGUUUGUUCCAGAAAUAUCACAGUAGGCGUAGCUCAAGGAUCAAAGCUCCAUCUCGUAACACCAUCCAGAAGUUUGUUUCACGCAUGUCAAAUUCUCAUACAUUGUCAUCAUCUAGCACUUCUACAUCUAGUUCAGAAAACAGUAUAAAAGAUGAAGAGGAACAGAUGUGUCCUAUUUGCUUGUUGGGCAUGCUUGAUGAAGAAAGUCUUACAGUGUGUGAAGAUGGCUGCAGGAACAAGCUGCACCACCAUUGCAUGUCAAUUUGGGCAGAAGAAUGUAGAAGAAAUAGAGAACCUUUAAUAUGUCCCCUUUGUAGGUCUAAGUGGAGAUCCCAUGAUUUCUACAGCCACGAGUUGCCAAGCCCUGUGGAUUCCCCUCCUUCCCCGCGAGCUGCCCAGCAGCAGACCACGCAGCAGCAUCCCUUGGCUGGAUCACAACGAAGGAACCAAGAGAGCAAUUAUAAUCUUACUCAUUAUGGAACUCAGCAGAUCCCUCCUGCUUAUAAAGAUUUAGCUGAGCCAUGGAUUCAGGUAUUUGGAAUGGAACUCGUUGGCUGCUUAUUUUCUAGAAACUGGAACGUAAGAGAGAUGGCUCUCAGACGUCUUUCCCACGAUGUUAGCGGGGCUCUGCUGUUGGCAAAUGGGGAGAGCACUGGAAAUUCCGGGAGCAACGGCGGGAGCAGCCCGAGUGCUGGAGCUGCCAGUGGGUCUUCCCAGACCAGUGUCUCAGGAGAUGUGGUGGAGGCAUGCUGCAACGUUUUGUCAAUGGUCUGUGCUGACCCUGUCUACAAAGUGUACGUUGCUGCUUUAAAAACGUUGAGAGCCAUGCUAGUAUAUACUCCUUGCCAUAGUUUGGCAGAAAGAAUCAAACUGCAGAGACUUCUCCGGCCAGUUGUAGACACCAUCCUAGUCAAGUGUGCAGACGUCAAUAGUCGCACAAGUCAGCUGUCUAUAUCAACGCUAUUGGAAUUGUGCAAAGGCCAAGCAGGAGAGUUGGCCGUUGGCAGAGAAAUACUUAAAGCUGGAUCCAUUGGUAUUGGUGGUGUUGAUUAUGUCUUAAAUUGUAUUCUUGGAAACCAAACUGAAUCAAACAACUGGCAAGAACUCCUGGGCCGCCUUUGUCUCAUAGAUAGACUGCUGUUGGAAUUUCCUGCUGAAUUUUACCCUCAUACUGUCAGUACUGAUGUUUCACAAGCUGAGCCUGUUGAAGUCAGGUAUAAGAAGCUGCUGUCCCUCUUAACCUUUGCUUUGCAGUCCAUUGAUAAUUCCCACUCAAUGGUUGGUAAACUCUCCCGAAGGAUAUAUUUGAGUUCUGCAAGAAUGGUUACUGCAGUACCCCAUGUAUUUUCAAAACUGUUAGAAAUGCUGAAUGUUUCCAGUUCUACUCAUUUUACCAGGAUGCGUCGUCGUUUGAUGGCUAUUGCAGAUGAGGUGGAAAUUGCUGAGGCCAUCCAGCUGGGCAUGGAAGACACUUUGGAUGGUCGACAUGACAGCUUUUUGAAGGCAUCAGUCCCUAACAGCUGUCCAGAAGCCACAGAGAACAGUUCCUUUGAGCGCACAGACCAUUUAGAGAAAACUGGAAAAGGAUUGUGUGCUACAAAAUUGAGUGCCAGUUCAGAGGACAUUUCUGACCGACUGGCCAGCAUUUCAGUAGGACUUCCUAGUUCAACAACAAUGGAGCAGCCAAAGCCAAUGGUUCAAACAAAAGGCAGACCCCACAGUCAGUGUUUGAACUCCUCUCCUUUAUCUCAUCAUUCCCAACUAAUGUUCCCAGCCUUGUCAAGCCCUUCUUCAUCUGCCCCAUCUGUACCACCUGGCACCAUAACAGAUGUCUCUAAGCAUAGACCUCAGGGGUUUGUUCCCUGCAAAAUACCUUCUGCAUCUCCUCAAACACAGCGCAAGUUUUCUCUACAGUUCCAGAGAAACUGUUCUGAAAACAAAGACUCAGAUAAACUUUCCCCAAUCUUUACUCAGUCAAGACCCCUGCCCUCCAGUAAUAUACACAGGCCAAAGCCAUCUCGACCUACCCCAAGUAAUACAAGUAAACAGGGAGACGUCUCAAAAAAUAGCAUGACACUUGAUUUGAACGGUAGUUCCAAAUGUGAUGAUGGCUUUGGCGGCAGCAGCAAUACCAGUAAUGCUGUUAUACCUAGUGAUGAGACAGUGUUCACCCCAGUAGAGGAGAAAUGCAGAUUAGAUGUCAAUACAGAGCUCAACUCCAGUAUUGAGGACCUUCUUGAAGCGUCUAUGCCUUCAAGUGACACAACAGUAACUUUUAAGUCAGAAGUUGCUGUGCUCUCUCCUGAAAAGGAUGAAAAUGAUGAUACCUACAAAGAUGAUAUGAAUCAUAAUCAAAAGUGCAAAGAAAAAAUGGAAGCUGAAGAAGAAGAAGCUUUAGCGAUUGCCAUGGCAAUGUCAGCAUCUCAGGAUGCCCUCCCCAUAGUUCCUCAACUACAGAUUGAAAAUGGAGAAGACAUCAUCAUUAUUCAACAAGAUACACCAGAGACUCUACCAGGACAUACCAAAGCAAAACAACCUUAUAGAGAAGACACUGAAUGGCUGAAAGGUCAGCAGAUAGGCCUUGGAGCGUUUUCUUCUUGUUAUCAGGCUCAAGAUGUGGGAACUGGAACUUUAAUGGCUGUUAAACAGGUGACGUAUGUCAGAAAUACAUCUUCUGAGCAAGAAGAAGUAGUAGAAGCAUUAAGGGAGGAGAUAAGAAUGAUGAGCCAUCUGAAUCAUCCAAACAUCAUUAGGAUGUUGGGAGCCACAUGUGAGAAGAGCAAUUAUAAUCUCUUCAUUGAAUGGAUGGCAGGGGGAUCUGUGGCUCAUUUGCUCAGUAAAUAUGGAGCCUUCAAGGAAUCAGUAGUUAUUAACUAUACUGAACAAUUACUUCGUGGCCUUUCAUAUCUCCAUGAAAACCAGAUCAUUCACAGAGAUGUCAAAGGUGCCAAUUUGCUAAUUGACAGCACAGGUCAGAGACUGAGAAUUGCUGAUUUUGGAGCUGCAGCCAGGUUGGCAUCAAAAGGAACUGGUGCAGGAGAGUUUCAGGGACAAUUAUUGGGGACAAUUGCAUUUAUGGCACCUGAGGUCCUAAGAGGUCAGCAGUAUGGUAGGAGCUGUGAUGUAUGGAGUGUUGGCUGUGCUAUUAUAGAAAUGGCUUGUGCUAAACCACCUUGGAAUGCAGAAAAACACUCCAAUCAUCUUGCUUUGAUAUUUAAGAUUGCCAGUGCAACUACUGCUCCAUCAAUCCCUUCACAUUUGUCUCCUGGUUUACGAGAUGUGGCUCUUCGCUGUUUAGAACUUCAACCUCAGGACAGACCUCCAUCAAGAGAGCUACUGAAGCAUCCAGUCUUCCGUACUACAUGGUAGCCAAUUAUACAAAUAAACUGUAAUGGAGACAGGAUGCUCAACAAGAGAAAAAACUUUUGUGGGGAACCACAUUGAUAAUCUGCUGGCCUUCAUGCCACUGAACAGCUAUGAACAAGAUCAGUGGGGAACCCUUACCUAAGUAUGUGAUUGACAAAUCAUGAUUUGUACCUAAGCUUAGUAUGCAAAAGUCCACAAUUUGUGCAGAAACUGUAAACUGUGCCUUUCAAAGAACUGGCCCUAGGUAAACAGGAAAGCAAUGAAGUUUGCAUGAUUAAUUAACAGAAGCAUAAUUUUUUGGAGCACUUUUUCAGCAAUAUUAGCAGCUGAGGGGCUCAGGAUCUGUUUUAAUGUUUCAGUUAUUCUUCCAUUUCAUAUUGUGAUCACAAGCAGGGGGUUCUGCAGUUCCUUUUUUUUUUUUUUUUUUUGGUCACUGGCUAUAAAAAUCAGUAUCUGCCUCUUUUAGGUCAGAAUAUGCUAUAAGUAGCAGUAAAUAAAUAUAUUUUUUAAAGUUGAUAACUUCUUUAUGACCCACAGUUGACCUUUAUCUUUUUAAAUGCCUGGGCAAUUGUGGUUCAUUGUGCAUUUUACUGUUGGCCCAUUCAUUUCGUUUUUGGAAAUUAUGGUUCUAUAUUUUCAUUUCACCUUCAUUUAUGUUUAAUAUUCAGGGAAAGGUGAUCUUUUCAAA